AUGGCAGGUCGUCAAACUGAACGACACACAGGAAACACUGGCCAAGGUGGUGGCUUGGGAGCUCCGGGAACUACUGGCGCAUAUGGUGCACGUGAUCCAUUAGGAGCACCUGGCUCUACCGGAGCAUCCAGGACUACUGCUGGUGCUCCUGGCUACGAUCCUACUGGAUACGGUAAUGAAUACGGCUCCGAGGACAUGGGGCAGCAGCAGCAGCUACGUCGCCCUGCUGCUGAUGAUGUGGGCACUGGCACUGGCACAGGUUACACUUACGGGACUGCAGGCAGCAUGGGACCUACUGCUACAGGGUACCAUGCUGGAGUCCAUGUCCCCCACACCACCGGUUUAUCUGGCACAUACGGUACCAGUGGUGGUUUCGACACAGGUGGUUUCGGAAAGAGUGGUGGUGGUGUCGGCGAAGGCUUUGAUACCGGUAUGGGUGAGCGGACUCAUGGAAUGGGAAGAGAGAGAGGUGGAGGUGGAAAUCCUGUGAUGCAAAGCGAAACAGUGGUAAUUGAAAGUGUUGGAGGUCUGGAAGGUCAGGAUAUAGGAGAUCAGAUGGAUGAGUGGGCCCAAAGUAUCGGUGCCGGUGAAAGAGGAAGGAAUCACGGUGGCAACGACACCGGAGGAGAUAAACAAAGAGCAGGGCAACGCCGAGGAUGA